CCGCCCGCCGCGGCCCCUCCUCCGCCGGCCGGCUCGGGGCGCAGCUCGGCCGGCGAGUAGCGGGCACCUGGGCGGCGAGGGCAAGGGCGAGGACGGGCGCUGCACUUGACGAGCAGCAUGCGAGAUGAUCAACAAAAGGGAUUCUUGGGUCCUAGAGACCAAAGAAAGAAUCAACAGGAGUACCCAGGGUGAACUGAUGGAUUACGGAGCCUGGCUGGCACGAUUUGUGCCCACUUCACCUCCAGAUUGCCUUAAUUUCACAUCAGAAGGCAGGCUUAGUGAACAGGACUGGCAAGCACAUUUCAAGGCACCAUGUGGAGUUGAUCCAUCUCAGCUUGUUGAGUCAGAAGAGGCAGAAGUGGAUGUGAGAGAAAGAGAGACACAGAGAGAAAGAGAGCCGAAGAGGGCCAGAGACUUGACUCUAAGAGACUCCUAUCCUGACAACUCCAUGCAGUUCGGAACCAGAGCGACUGCGGCUGAACCAGGGUUCAUGGGGACAUGGCAAAACGCUGACACCAACCUCUUAUUCAGAAUGUCCCAACAGGUCCCACUGGCAUGUGCCGGCAGAGUGCUGGGUGCAGACUUCUGCCCAGACCUGGAGGAGCCAGACCAGAGGUUGGAAGUCCAGGCCAUCCGAUGCACGCUGGUAAAUUGCACGUGUGAGUGUUUUCAGCCGGGGAAGAUUAACCUGAGGACUUGCGAUCAGUGUAAACAUGGCUGGGUGGCACAUGCUUUGGACAAGCUCAGCACGCAGCACCUGUACCAUCCCACGCAAGUGGAAAUUGUGCAGUCCAACGUGGUGUUCGACAUCAGCAGCCUUAUGCUCUAUGGGACCCAGGCAGUGCCUGUGCGGCUGAAGAUCCUGCUGGACCGGCUCUUCAGUGUUCUGAAGCAAGAGGAAGUGCUGCACAUACUGCACGGCCUGGGCUGGACGCUGCGGGACUACGUCCGAGGAUACAUCCUUCAGGAUGCUGCUGGCAAGGUGCUGGACCGCUGGGCCAUCAUGUCUCGAGAAGAAGAAAUCAUCACCCUUCAGCAGUUUUUGCGGUUUGGAGAAACCAAAUCCAUUGUGGAGCUGAUGGCAAUUCAGGAGAAAGAAGGGCAGGCCGUCGCUGUACCAUCUUCAAAGACAGAUUCAGAUAUAAGGACUUUUAUUGAGAGCAAUAAUCGCACGAGGAGUCCCAGCCUCCUUGCUCACUUAGAGAACAGCAAUCCUUCCAGCAUUCAUCACUUUGAAAACAUCCCAAACAGCCUUGCAUUUCUGCUUCCAUUCCAGUACAUAAACCCUGUCUCAGCCCCACUUCUGGGGUUGCCUCCAAAUGGGCUACUUUUAGAGCAGCCAGGACUGAGGCUCCGGGAACCAAGCCUUUCAACCCAGAAUGAAUAUAAUGAAAGCAGUGAAUCAGAAGUCUCUCCCACACCCUAUAAGAACGAUCAGACACCCAGUAGAAAUGCCCUGACCAGCAUCACUAAUGUGGAGCCCAAAACCGAGCCAACAUGUGUCUCUCCCAUUCAGAAUUCUGCCCCAGUCAGUGAUCUAACCAAAACUGAACACCCAAAAAGCUCUUUCCGGAUUCACCGGAUGAGGAGGAUGGGCUCAGCCUCCAGGAAAGGAAGAGUGUUCUGUAAUGCUUGUGGGAAGACCUUCUAUGACAAAGGCACCCUCAAAAUUCACUAUAAUGCCGUUCACCUAAAGAUCAAACACCGCUGCACCAUCGAAGGUUGCAACAUGGUCUUUAGUUCCCUCCGAAGCCGUAAUCGACACAGUGCAAACCCCAACCCCCGCCUCCAUAUGCCUAUGCUCAGAAAUAAUCGAGACAAAGAUUUGAUUCGUGCCACAUCAGGAGCUGCCACCCCCGUCAUAGCAAGUACGAAAUCAAAUCUCACACUCACAAGCCCUGGGAGGCCCCCCAUGGGUUUUACCACACCCCCGUUAGACCCUGUCUUACAGAAUCCUCUCUCUAGCCAGCUGGUAUUUUCUGGGCUAAAGACUGUACAACCAGUUCCUCCCUUUUAUAGAAGUUUACUCGCUCCAGGGGAAAUGGUGAGUCCUCCCACCUCCCUCCCAACCAGUCCUAUCAUUCCAGCCAGUGGUACCAUAGAGCAGCACCCCCCCACACCCUCUGAGCCAGUCAUGCCAGCAGUGAUGAUGGCCACCCAUGAGCCCAGUGCUGACCUGGCACCCAAGAAAAAGCCCAGGAAGUCGAGCAUGCCUGUAAAGAUUGAAAAGGAGAUUAUUGACACCGCUGAUGAGUUUGACGAUGAAGAUGAUGAUCCCACUGAUGGCGGAACUUUGGUGAAUGACAUGAGCCAUGACAAUCACUGCCACUCCCAGGAGGAGAUGAGCCCAGGCAUGUCUGUGAAGGACUUUUCUAAGCACAACAGGACCCGGUGCAUUUCAAGGACUGAAAUAAGAAGGGCUGACAGUAUGACUUCUGAGGACCAGGAGCCUGAACGGGACUAUGAGAAUGAGUCUGAGUCUUCUGAGCCCAAACUAGGUGAGGAGUCCAUGGAGGGGGAUGAGCACCUUCACGGUGAGGUGAAUGAGAAGGUCCUGAUGAACAGUGAGAGGCCCGAUGGAGACCACAGUGAGCCUUCUCAUCAGGACAUCAUCAAGGUGAAGGAGGAAUUCACAGACCCCACUUACGACAUGUUUUACAUGAGCCAGUACGGGCUGUACAAUGGGGGCGGGGCCGGCAUGGCUGCCCUGCAUGAAAGUUUUACAUCGUCUCUGAGUUAUGGCAGCCCCCAGAAGUUCUCCCCAGAAGGAGAUCUGUGUUCCAGCCCAGACCCCAAAAUUUGUUACGUGUGCAAGAAGAGUUUUAAAAGUUCCUACAGUGUGAAGCUUCAUUACAGGAAUGUUCACUUAAAAGAGAUGCACGUCUGCACGGUGGCCGGCUGCAAUGCUGCCUUCCCUUCUCGCCGAAGCAGAGACAGAAACAGAAAUUUACGGAUGGAAAGAACCGUAGGUCCAGGACAUCGAGACAGCCUCCAUCUCCGUAGACACAGUGCCAACAUAAAUCUGCAUCGUAAACUGUUGACCAAAGAACUCGAUGACAUGGGCCUGGACUCGUCACAGCCCUCCCUUAGCAAGGACCUCCGGGAUGAAUUUUUGGUGAAGAUCUAUGGUGCCCAGCACACCCUGGGGCUCGAUGUCAGGGAAGACACCUCAUCUCCCGCAGGGACGGAAGACUCUCACCUGAACGGGUACGGGAGAGGCAUGACGGAGGACUACAUGGUCCUUGACUUGAGCACCACCUCCAGCCUCCAGUCCAGCAGCAGUAUCCACUCCUCCAGAGAAUCUGAUGCAGGCAGUGAUGAGGGGAUUCUUCUCGAUGACAUUGAUGGGACGAGUGACAGUGGGGAGUCGGCACACAAGGCUGAGGCCCCCGCCCUCCCAGGCAGCCUAGGAGCUGAAGUUGCAGGAUCACUCAUGUUCAGCAGCUUGUCUGGGAGCAAUGGCGGGAUCAUGUGCAACAUUUGCCACAAAAUGUACAGCAACAAAGGGACCCUGAGGGUGCACUACAAAACCGUGCAUUUGCGGGAAAUGCACAAGUGCAAAGUCCCCGGUUGCAAUAUGAUGUUUUCCUCUGUGCGAAGCCGAAAUCGGCACAGUCAGAACCCUAAUCUCCACAAAAACAUUCCCUUCACUUCAAUAGAUUAGUCCCAGAAUGGACACUACAAAUGCCAGCUCUCACCAGAUGGCCUACAUGUUGGAACUGCCGUUGUCCGUGUGCGCUUACGUAUGUCGGCAGGUGUGUAGUGUGUACAUAUGUAUACCUCUGUGUCUACACACACGCGUACACACGUAUUUUCUUUAGGUAAAAGGAUAAACACUAGGUGCUUUUGAAUUUUUUCUUUUUCCUUUAUAGUUUUGGGAAAGGGGUGGAAUCUUUAAUUUGGGGGUGAAAACUACCCCUUUAAACACACACGUAAAGCCUGCAUCUAGCCCCAAUUUUGAUAGAAUAAUUCAUGGUCUUCUCCAAGGAGACAAUUUGUUGUACCCAUGACUGUUGCCUGCAAAAAUAAAAGGGAGAAAAGAAAAAAGAAACAAAGAGGAACUUCUUAUAGUUGUCUUUUGUGAUCGUUAAGGUUUUGAGAGAAUCUUCAAUUAAAGCAUGGCAGAUGCACCUGUAAAUAUUUAGCCUUGAGAGGCCAAUGAUGUAAAACAGUUGUAUUGAUGGUCGUUUAACUCUUUUGUUUAAUUUUUACAGUUACAUCCAGCUGUUAGAUAUGCAGGAAAAAAAUAGUUUGCUGGCUAGCUCUAUUCAUUUAUGUUAGCAUUAAUGCACAUUUUUUUUAAAAAAAGAAAACAUGGUCUUGUUUUUACUACCUGUUAGAUAUAGUGAUAAAGAGGUGCUGGCAUGCUUUACAGCACAGAUCUGAUUUUAAAAAAUGUCCUGUACUAGUACAUAAAUCCAGUCAUGCACUUUUUUUCAUACACUACAAGGGGAUGUGUAAUAUCCAUGCUUCUUUUUUAUCCUUAAACUAUUGCCAUACUUCAGUAAGUGUCUUUUUUAAGAAAUCCACUUGUAUAAAAAUGGUCUGGUCAGUAUAGGGCAUGAAUGCCAAACAAAAGUAUUAGUGUUAACACAAAACUGCCAACUUUGCACAAGUUUCCAGGAAAGAAAAUACAAUUAGUCACUCAACAUAACCACAAGCCAAUUUGUCGGCCACCAGAAAACCGCUUUUAAAAAAAAAAAACGUGAUUCUUUCAAGUGCCGAAUGUUAUUAGAAUCAACACUGCAUCCUUCUUGCUUAUAUGUUAAGUUACAUAAAAGGAAAACAAAAUUAUGUGGUGUGAAAGAGCCCAGGCAUUUCUCCUUUAAAGGCAGGAUAAUAUUUCAGGAUACAAAAGCCCAAAUUAUUCACCAUGGAACAAGGCUGAAUACAGUCAAAGAGUUGAACACUCUUUUCAAAGGCCUAAACUGUUAAAAAGAGAGAAAGUCUGAGUCGGGUGGGUGUGUUGUGUGGCUGUCUCGUUUGUCACCAGUUCCGCAGUAGCACUGAUUCAGUCCUGUUUGAUAGACAAAAUCAAAAGCCGUUCACAGCAACAGGGCUUGGAGCACUGAACACAGUGCUAGACUUGAAUUGAACAGCACUCCUUCGGAAGGCAGGGGAGGGAGGGCAGAAGAUAGAAUCUUAUUGUGUAGUGUUUUGUGUUUCCCCAAAUGAAUUUGUCAGAGAGAAAUGAAAGCAAGCCUGAAACCAAGCAAUUGAGAGUGAGAAAGGGGGUAGACUCUGCUCCAAACCUGUUUUGUUUUGUUUUGUUUUGUUUUGUUUUGUUUCCGAUGUUUACACGUUGCCUGAGCUGGUUAACCACAUCGGCAGCCUCAGCUACCACAACAUACUGACUAAAUGAUGAUAUUUACUCAAAUCCAGUCUGCAGCCAAAACCAGGAGAGGGUGCAUUGCAGGCUGUGUUUUGUUGUCUUUCUCUUUUUUUCUUUUAAGUGGAGGGAGGGGAAAGAUAAACAAGGACUAUUUUAUCAAAACAGUACACAAUAUAAAGAGAAUGUAUUUGUUUUCUCCAUUUAAUGGCCUCAGACAUUUCGCCUAUGAGUCUAAAAGUUAGAAAUACCACUUUGUUUCAGCCUUUUGUAUUAUUUCCAUUUUCCAUGUUUUGUAAUUUUUUUUUGUGUUCAUAUCAGCAUUCAAUUCCGUUAAAUUUGCCAAAGGAAAUUGUUAAUAUGUUUCUGUUGUCAUUAUUCCUGUAGGAUUUAUUGUACCUCACAGUAUUUAUUGUUUCCAAAAAUAAGCAUCAUUUGUUGGGGAUUCAGUGUUUUUUAUUUGUGAAAAUUUCAGAAACAAUAGAUUCUUAAAAGAUAAGCUCUCAUAUAUAUAUGAGCUUUAUCUUCUCGCCUCCUCCUGAGGAUGCAAUGGGGUUCUAUUGAGGUUCCUUUGGUUCUUCAUUUGUUCUACAGUGAGGAAAGAGCAAAAGUAUUUGCAUUACAAAAGAAACUAUAUCAAACGCUAUGUCUGUUAGAUGACAAAUGUUUACGGUAAAAAGCUGAGGAAUUAGUAAUAACCGUUUUGUUUUCUUGUACUUUUGAAUUCCCCAAAGUCUUAAUUGCUUCAUUUUGGUAUUGUGUUAAAUUGAAUAGACAGAGAUGUUUUCCUUUGUUUUAUACCAUUUAAGACUCUGUACAGUAUGUUUGUGAAAGACUGAACUAGAAUAAUGAACAUUUGUUUGCAAACA